AUGCGCGACAUCGGACAGGGCGAUGGCGAUAGCCACGAUGAACAAUGCGAUCCGCAGUCUCCACUUCGUAUGAUUAUCACCGAUAGAGACAGACAAUCGCAAAGAGCAGCAACAUCAGGACAAAGAACUAGGGAGGCGGAGCUCAGUCACAUGGUCACAAAUAACAGAAGCACAGGCGACGAAAUUAUUGAAAUGGAAACAAUCGCUGUCCCCAAGAAAGCACUUACUCAUGAAGUUCCGUUACUUCGAGGAGCCCUAGUAAUUGAAUGGAAUGUACCUCUUUCCCUGCUCCAGACAUUUGUCAGUCAGAAAAGACACGAUGACGCCGAAUUCAGAUCUGCCAAAUACUCGGCAAUAACCGCCUCACCUACGUUUGCGCGACAAGAGAAUUUCACGCUCCGCCAAAUGCUGUACCCUAAACCCCGCCAAACGGAGAUCGUGCUUAUCCUCCAUAUCUCUACACACCAGGACAAUGAAUAUCUCGGACAGACAUUGGGCACAUUGUUCCGCUGUAUCGAUUAUAUGUGUUCGAGACAUUGCGAGGAGUUCGGUAAACACGGGUGGAAGAAGUUCCUGAUAUGCAUUGUGGUAGAUGGGCGGCAAAAUCUGUCCUCGAGCAGCAGACGGCUGUUGUCUCUACUUGGUCUUUUUCGUUGGGAAUUUAUGGUUGGAAGUGUUCAGGAAAAAGCCGUCGAAGCCCACAUGUUCGAGUACACAACUCAAGUGGAUCUGAAUCACAACGGGAUCCCACGGACGCCAGGUACCCCAAGGAAAACACCAGUUCAGAUGCUUCUUUGUCUGAAGGAAAAAUCCGAGGGCCGUAUUGAGGCUCAUUCAUGGCUCUCCGAAGCUGUGCUGCCGACAUUGCAGCCUCAUAUGCUUGUUUUCAUUCCACCUGGCUUGAUGCCACAACGCGAUGCGGUAUAUCGAAUGUGGAAGAAAAUCGAUAGGAAAAAGAGCUGUGGUGGAGCAGUCGGGCAGGUUGUUCCUCAGGUUCUUUCAACCAUCGACUGGUUACGAUACCCUUUCUUUGCCGCCAGUGCCCUCGAACAAAAGUUGAUUCACACGUUUGACAAGCCAGUGGCAUCCGGUCUCGGGUCAAUACAAGUCUUUCCCACAACAUUCUCGGCUUUUCGGUAUUUAAAGCCAGAGAAAAAGCCCGAUCGCACGGGUAGCUCUACCUUUUGUGAUGAAAAUGUCCCGACGGAAACUGAGCACACCCGAGCUUUCACCAGCCUAUCUGACUUCCCAGAAUAUAGGCCUUGGCUUAUGGAGCCUUUCUCUCAGCAUCAACUCCGCUGGUCCUUCGCCUAUUCUCGACGAUCUAAAGCGCGUCUUCCCAUACGAUCUACCGAUGAAAGCUCACCACUUCAUGUACCAAUAUCAAUAUCAGGUUACAUCCGUAGCCAGCGCCGACAAAUCCAAGACAAGGCGGUUUUCAUUCUCCAGUGCCUAACACAUGCUCGACAAUUAGUCACAGUCAAGCACAGAUAUUUCCGCAAGCUGGGCACUGUGGUCCUGCUUCUAUAUUUUCUCGUUGAUCUUUUUAUCAGCUGGUUUGCUAUAGCCAACCUAUUCAUCAUAUUUAUCAAGGUGAACUCCUCAUUCCUUCACACAUGGCUUCCAAAUGAGAGUGGUCGGAUCCUCGAGAAGUUUGUGCGCAUCGUUUACAUUUUGACGCUUAUAAUAUCGGUUAUCUUGGGCUUAAGUGAUGACAUUUGGAGAUCGAAAGCAAACUUUCGAACUCGGUAUGACAUGCGCGUGGUCCUUGCUGUAUGGGCGUGCCUUGCCGCAUACUUCGUUUCCAUUACUGCUGUCAUUCUAUCCGAAACCACCAAACUUGCGAUCUCCAAUCUAAAUGCCCAAAAAGAAGCUACCUAUAUCUGGUGGUCUCCGGAGCUGCGAUUUGUUGUGGCAAUCUGCCCUAUAUUCAUCACUCCGAUUAUCUGGAUCAUACAGCACAUCUUGCUCGCUCCAGCCCGUAUCAACUGCCUCAAUAUUUCUGCCUUUUUCAGUGUUUCCAACACUCUCAACGAGGCGCCUUUGGUUGAUUCGUUCGACCCAACAUUUUUCCAAGACAUCCGCGACACAACUGCAUCUGAACCUGGCCGCGUUGCCGUCAAUAUUCCUCAAGACGAUUAUGAUCUCGAUGCGCAAUAUGAAGCUCAGUCUGCCAGGCUUGCUGGUGAUCUCAACGCGCAAAAUGAAGCCAAGAUCGCCGAAUUUUCCCGGCGGUCUCCUAAAGCAACUCCUGUGGUCCCAAAAUUUAUCCAAGAUAUCCGCGACACAACUCUACGAGUUUCCGUCAGAAUCCCUCAAGACGAUGGUGAUCUCAACGCGACAUAUGAAGCCCAGAUCGCCAAAUUUGCUUUGCGGCCUCCCCCUAAAGUAGGACUCUUGGCUCCUCCUUGUAUGCCAUUAUAUUCGCGGGGUUUAGUCCUGACGUGGGCAAUGUCUAACUUGUUGCUUUGUGCUCUGCUGUGGUAUCUUGUCCUACCGAACAAGGAAGAACAAAUAUCCCACGUGGAAAAUAUCAAUUCUGGUCGCUUCAUAGUUUAUUUUACUAUCGUUAAUUGGGCAAUCGGUGGGUUCUGGGUUGUUAAAUUUGUUGGUGUUCUUUGGUAUCAACUAUCGAAAAUGUUUCUCUUGUGCGUGUGA